CACCUUACUCUGUGGAAGGAAGGGGUCCAUCAUCGAGAUGUCAGCCCUGGAAACUUGAUGCGGUACUGGAAAGAUGGGAAGCAGAUUGGCAUUUUAAACGACUACGAUCUAUUCUCAUUGGUGGAUGACCCAGGACCUCAGGGCAAUGAAUGCACCAGCAUGGUACUGUUCAUAGCGCUCGAUCUGCUCACUGAAGAGGGUCAACAUGGCAAAGUGAAACACCUACAUCGCCAUGAUCUGGAGUCGUUUAUGUAUGUUUUGCCUGGAUUUUCUUGCAUUACGAGAAUGGAGUCUUUCUACCACAGAGAUUGCGCCCCUUCGAUGAAUGGGUGA